UAUAUACACCCUGAUUAUUUAUUCAAAAACAACACACCCCUUCAUGCAGUUUACCUCAAACUUUAAUGUCUUCCUCAUUUUUCCAUACAAAGAUUUUUUCCUUUUUGGUUGCCCUUCUACACCUCAAAUGCCUCUUGCUUCCAGUGGAGUCAGCUUCUCCAAGCCUCAUUACAGACAAGGAGGCCUUGAUUUCAUUCAAGUCUCAAUUAAAAGAGCUGGAGCCUCCAACUCUGUUAUCUUCCUGGAGUAAUAGUAACUCCUCUCCCUGCAACUGGACUGGAGUUACUUGCAAUGAAUUUCGCCAGAGAGUCAUUGCUCUCAAUCUUUCUGGAUUCGGACUCGAAGGAACCAUUAGCCCCCAUAUUACCAAUCUUUCCUUCCUUGGCUCCCUUCAGCUCCAAAACAACAAGCUUAGAGGAAAUCUUCCACCCCAAAUAGGUAAUCUUUUUCGUUUGACAGUCAUGAACCUGAGCUCCAACAGCUUGGAAGGUGAGAUACCACUCAACAUAAGCAAGUUGACUAAGCUCCAGGUCCUUGACUUGAUGUCAAAUAAGAUUACAGGAACAAUUCCUGAAGAACUCAGCCAUCUAAGCAAGCUCCAGGUUCUGAACUUGGGGCGAAACAGUCUUUUGGGGGAAAUUUCAGCAUCCUUAUCAAAUCUUUCUUCACUUACCUACUUAAAUUUAGGCACCAAUAGCCUUAGUGGAAGGAUACCCGGUGAUUUAGGCCGUCUUGGAAACCUGAAAGUUCUUGAUCUCACAAUAAAUAAUCUCUUUGGCACUGUUCCUUCAUCCAUUUACAACAUGAGUUCUCUGGUUAAUCUGGCUUUAGCUUCAAACCGACUUUGGGGUGAAAUUCCUUAUGAUAUUGGGAAUAAACUCCCAAAUCUUCUGGUCUUCAAUUACUGCUUCAAUAAUUUCACUGGGAAAAUUCCAGGGUCUUUGCACAACCUCACUAAUAUACAAGUUAUCCGCAUGGCUCACAACCUUCUUGAGGGAACAGUGCCACCAGGUUUGGGAAAUCUUCCAUUCCUGCAGAUGUACAACAUCGGGUUCAACAGGAUUGUUAGCUCUGGAGAUGAUGGUCUUGCAUUCAUCACUUCUUUAGCAAACAGUACUCGUCUCAACUUCCUUGCCGUUGAUGGCAAUGCUUUUGAAGGUGUAAUUUCAGAAUCCGUUGGCAAUCUUUCCAAGGUGCUUUCAAAAUUGUACAUGGGAAGUAAUCGUAUUUAUGGUAAAAUACCUCUCUCGAUUGGCCGUCUCAGGAGCUUGACAUUGCUGAAUUUGAACAACAAUUCGAUUUCUGGUGGAGUCCCGGAUGUAAUAGGCCAAUUGAAGGAACUGCAAUACCUGGGUUUGGCAGGAAAUAAAAUUUCUGGCAGUAUUCCGAAUUCGCUAGGUAAUCUCAGAAAGCUAAACCAGAUUGAUUUAUCAGGAAAUGAGUUGGUGGGUGGAAUACCAACUAGUUUUGAGAACUUCCAGAGUCUACUUUCCCUGGACUUAUCCAACAACAGGCUCAAUAAAAGCGUACCAAAAGAGAUUCUAAAUCUUCCCAGUUUGAGCACCAUCUUAAAUCUGUCCAGGAACUUCUUGGAUGGACCAUUGCCUCAAGAAGUUGGGGUCCUAGAAAAUGUUGUUACCAUUGACCUCUCUCACAACCGCCUGUCUGGUAAUAUCCCCAGUUCAUUCGAAGGCUGUAAAAGCUUGGAGGAACUUUUGAUGGCCAACAAUGAAUUCUCAGGCACUAUUCCAAAUACUCUGGGAGAAGUGAAGGGCCUGGAAGUUCUAGACCUCUCCUCAAACCAACUUUCUGGCUCCAUUCCUUCCGACCUUCAGAAACUUGAAGCCCUUCGGUCCUUAAACCUAUCAUACAAUAAUCUUGAAGGACAAAUUCCCAGCAGUGGAGUUUUUAAAAAUAUCUCUAAUGUCCAUUUAGAAGGAAACCAAAAGCUUUGCAUGCAUUUGGGAUGUGCGAAUUCUCAGAGUGACGAAAGACUAAACAAAAUUUAUGUUAUCACCGCCGUCAUGGCUGCAAUGGCAGUUUGUUUUCUGAUUGCCUUGGUGAUCGUAGUAAGGAGACGUAAAACAAAGGCCACUGGAGCUUCUGAAUUAUCAAAUGGGAAGCCUCAAAUGAUUUCAUAUAGUGAGCUCCGUCAAGCAACAGGGAAUUUUAACCAGGAAAAUGUGAUUGGAAGUGGGAGCUUUGGGUCAGUAUACAAAGGAUAUCUUAUAGAAGGUAUUCAUGUUGCCGUCAAGGUUCUUGACAUCAAAAGGACUGGAUCCUGGAAGAGCUUUCUUGCCGAAUGCGAGGCUUUGAAAAAUGUAAGGCACCGUAAUCUUGUUAAACUGAUUACAUCAUGCUCAAGCCUGGACUUCCGAAACAUGGAGUUUCUGGCUCUAGUUUAUGAGUUCCUCAGUAAUGGAAGCUUAGCAGACUGGACUCAGGGCCAGAGAAAGAAUGAAAACGGCAAGGGACUUUCUUUUCUCCAGAGAUUGAAUAUUUCAAUCGAUGUUGCGAGUGCACUGGACUACCUUCACCAUGACUGUGAAAUCCCAAUUGUACACUGUGAUUUGAAACCCGGCAACAUUCUUUUGGAUGAGGAAAUGACUGCGAAAGUAGGAGACUUUGGGCUAGCUCGGUUGCUGCAUGAAAGAAGGAGCCAUCAAUCUUCGAUUAGCUCUACAGUUGUUGUAAAGGGUUCCAUCGGUUACAUACCUCCAGAAUACGGUUUAGGUGAGAAACCAUCAACCUCUGGAGAUGUAUACAGCUUCGGAGUGAUGUUACUGGAACUCUUUACAGGAAUGAGCCCAAUACAGGAGAGUUUUAGUGGAGAACUAAAUCUAGUUAAAUGGGUUGAAUCAAGUUUUCCAGAGAACGUGAUGCAAGUUUUAGACGCUGAGCUGAACAAUCUGCAACAUCAAGGCCAAAGCAUAAACCCAGAAAAACAAAAUCAUGUUUUGAUAACAAUAAUUGGAGUGGGGCUUUCUUGCACCAAAGAUUCACCCGACAGGCGCAUUAGCAUCAGAGAAGCUCUUCGCAGUUUGAAAACUGCUAAAGACACCUUUAUGAAGCAUAUGAAGUAA